CAAUGUCAUCCAUUGAACCGCCAGUUGCCGAUCCACCAAGAUGCGUCUCUAUCUGCUCUUUGCCUUCGUCCUCAGCUGUUGUCUGCUGCAACUGUCCGCAGCUGGAGUGAGCCAUGGCCUGGUGCAGGGACUCCAAGCUGUUGGCCAUCAUCGCAACUCAACGGGUUCCCCGCCACCGCGUGGAGCACCACCGCCACCACCGCCCAGCACCACAGCCGCAUAUGGCUAGCAGAGCCUUUGCAUGCAAUUUGGAUACGUGCAACCUCUGACAUGACCUCUGACCCCUGACCCCUGACCAUUUGCCUAUGUAGCAAACGCACCACACACCUUAGCUUCAGAAUAAAGGAAC